CUUUUACAAAAUUUUGAAGUCCCUAUGUGUAGCCCUAACACAGAAAGACGACCGGUUUGUAGUCGUUACCCGUCCUGCCCCAUGAUGAGUUCGGGCAACAACCGACUCGAACGAGCUCUGUAAAAGAGAACAUGGGCACCCUUUUAAUCCAACAGAAGUAAAAAAGGUGAUAAGAUUCAAAGAUCUUCAAAUAAUUGAACCACGAAAAAAAAAUAGUCAGAAUCGUGGACUAGAAGAAAUCGGAACCCAAAAAAAGUGAGAAUGCGAUCAUCGUCAACGAAACAGGUUGCAGAGAACAAUCGAGGUUUAAACGGCCGCUUCUUCACUCUACGUAGCCGCCUUUAUAAUGCUCUAGCACUUGGUCUCAGAAAUGAUGAGGGAGGACGUAGAUGGUGUUGUACAGAUGUGGAGACACAGAGGCAUGUUGUUCGCUCCAUUGAUGCUUUCCUUGAUUGUAUCUCCAGUGACACAUCACAACACCCUUUAGUAAAGGAAUCAUUAGCUGAUAUAGUACCAGCAUUGGGAACUACACUUGUUCAGAAAAAUGAAGCAGUAAUGAAGUUGGCUUCAAAGGUGUUUGUAAGAAUGAUCAGUGUUGUACCUAGUACAAUUCUUGAAUCUCUUGUGUUGGAUGUAGUUCAUCCUGUAUCAUCUUCUUUGUCUUCUUGUCAUGAAUCAGUUGUAAUCUCAUGUGCCACUGCUUUGAAUUUGAUCCUGUCAUCUUUAAGUUCCAAAAAAGAGAAAGAAGUAUGGAAAAUCUUGGAAGAAACAGAGACAAUUGAUAAUCUCAUCCAUCAUAUUCGUUCUAGUGGGAGUAAGCCAGCUGAGUUUUUCUUGGAAACAAUCUCUCUUUUGAGUAAAAUACUCUGGCGAUUUCCAUCCUCUAGAUUUUGUGUUUGGAACAACACUGCAUUGAUGGAAGUAGUAGCUUCUCUCAUGCAUGAGCCUAUUCUUUCUGUAAAGGCUUCAGUUUUGCAGUUGUAUUCAACCAUAGCUUUAUGUAGUAAUGGAGCUGAAAAGAUUUUAGAUAGUGGAAACUCAAACUCCCUUUUACAAAUGAUGGUGGAAUGCAUGGAUGGAUCAAACCCUAAUUACCUACAGUUAGCUGGAUUCACAUUGGCUGAAUGCUUUUCGGUAAGUGAAAAAGGAGGAUCAAAAAUGGUGGAAUCAUAUUGUGAGCCAUUAGUCAAAGCCAUUGUAAAUGGUCUAAGCUUGCAUUCACAUUCAGGGAAGCUUACAAAAGAGCAAUUGUCAUUGAUUAAGGUUUCAUGUUGUGUGUCCAAGAUUAUAUGUUGGCCAGGGAAACAUCACAUGCACUUCUGGAAACUAGGAAUCGAAAGUGUUCUUGUUAAGCUACUUCUAGAUGAUCUUCAUAUCAAGAAACUCACCCAAUUCUUUUUAUCAUCUGAAGAUUUUUCAGCCAUGGCACAAGAUUGUUUAAGUGCUAACUUUCUACUUGUAAUUAAGCCGCAUUUGUGGGACAUUCUUGGAGGCCUUGCAGCACAUUGUGCAGAAGAUUUCCAUUCACAGAUGCUUCAAAAUGAAUUCCACCUUAACAUCCUCAUCACAUGUGCGUGUUUAGGGUUUGUGGAUUCAUUGCGUUCAACGCGUCAGAGUUGCAGAAAUGCUGUACAUGAACCAGUGUGUAGAGCAGUUCUAUUGAUGAUUUAUUCUCCAUCAAAGUACAUUGCCUCCAAGGCCAAAUCCAUAUUAUCUGGAAUGUUAAAGCCAAACGUGAAGGAAGAUAUCAAGUCUACCUCAAUUUCGAAGAUAUGUUGCUAUGGGUGUGAAGAGGAUUGGCAAGGUGAAGAAAGUUUUUUGGUUUAUGGGUUGUUGGGGUUGGCUGAAUUGGUGCACCAUGUUGGUUCAGUGAAAGGUAAUAAUGUUGACUGGUUUGAGUUGACCGAGUCUGAAAUGAUAACUGAAGUGGAAAAGAUCUGUAUAAACUCAUAUGCUUCUGGGUCAAGAUGGUAUGGGGCUUAUCUUCUUAGCUAUUUUGGGGUUUAUGGGUUUCCAUCAAAACUCGGGAAUAGAAUUGGGAAUGUUUUAAGUGGGGAUGAAGAUGAACAUACGAAUCUGAGACUGAUUCUUGCUAAUCAGGAGCAUGUGAAUGUUCAUGGUGUGAUUGUAAGUGUUGGGUGUCCAUCACUCUUGCCAUCUGAAGGAAAAACUAUUGGAAGAAAAGAAAUCCGGCUUUCUGCUCAUGUCAAUCAUCACGCAUUAUUGAAAUUAUUGGAAUAUGUUUAUUCGGGACAUUUAAAGGCAGGUGAAGAGGUUGUGAAGAAGUUAAAAACAUUGGCUAAACAUUGUAAUUUGCAGCCUUUAUUGCAAUUGCUUUGCAGAAAUCGUCCCAAAUGGAGAACACGCGCUCCAACCUUUGACCUUACCCCUGCUCUUGGACCUAAUGGCUCUCAUUUCUCGGACAUUGUCCUUGAAGCAAAGGGUAAUACAUAUGAGGGCUGGAUGUGUGAAACAUGCUCUGUGUCACACCCACAUUUACAUGCUCAUAAAGCCAUUUUAUGUGCUAGUUGUGAGCACAUGCGUGCCUUACUUUGUUCAGGAAUGCAGGAAAGCCAUUCAGAAAGUAUAAAAGUGGAUCUUGGAUGGGAAGCGUUGGUUAGACUAGUGAACUGGUUUUAUUCAGGAAAACUAAGGCCACAGCCUAAAUAUGGUUGUUUAUGGCAUAAUUUAAAUGAAAAGGAGAAAUUGGAUGAAGUGAUUCCAUAUGUGGAGCUUUAUUGCCUGUCAGAUAGUUGGCUUCUUGAAGACCUUCAUAAGGAAUGCUUGAGAGUGAUUGGAAGUUGCUUAGAUUCUGUAAAGAUGGCAAUCAAAAUAAUCCAAAUUGGGGCUGAUUGUUUCCAGUGGGAUUUGGUGGAGUUGGCAGCCAAAUUUAUUGCACCUUCGUAUCAUCAUCUUCGUAGCUCUGGAGAGUUGCUUCAACUUGAUGAACAACUUGUUGAUAUAGUUCGUGUUGCGUCUGUUAGACUUACUCAACGUGUUCAUCAUUUAUGACAUUUAACAAGUAAAUUCCUUGUACAUAAAUAUAUACUGUAUUGUAGAUAAAUACAUUUAACAAAUACUGUAG